AUGUUAAAGUCAGCAGAAUCUCAAGAAGCUAAUUGCGGGGAAGAAGUCUGUGGAAAUGUUACAAUUCCAUUCCCAUUUGGAAUCCAUAGAAGCUGCUAUAGACGUUCCUGGUUUAUUAUAAGUUGCAAACGAACCCACAAUGGGGAAAAGCCUUUCAUAUGCAUAAAUGGCGUGGAUCUGGAGGUACUUGGUUCCUUGUUCUCACCAGACACCAUUCUAAUAAAAAAACCAGUAACUUUCGUUAACUGUGAUCAUAAAAAGGAAGCUACUGUCAGUGUCAAUCUGACGGGCACUCCAUUCUUUUUCUCGACGGACUACAACAUGUUCGGGUCCGUGGGUUGCGGGAAUCUGGCUACUAUUUUCGGUAAUGAUGGUGAACCCCUUGGCGGCUGCAUUCAACCGAGAUGUGACGACGGGGCUUCUGAAACUGAACCUGGAUCAGGCUGCAUUAAUCAAGUUUUUGGAAACUUCAGUUCAACUGUCGUAAACAUGACAGCAAUGUAUCCUGGUGCUAAGGGAUGCGCAUCUGCUUUCCUUUUUACCAGGUUCUAUUUCCGUGCAGAUGACCCAUUAGCCAUCGGCAGUGGCAUCAAUAUUGACACCACGCAUGUCCCCACAACCCUCAUCUGGGAUUCAACUAUUGCGCUGAUGGAGCAAAGAAUUAAGAUGAAAAAAAGAAAGAAAGAUGGUGAACUACUAAAUGGUGGCACGAGUGUUGAUCGGCAAACGAUGGUGAUCGGCGAUGUGGACAUGGUGAUGCGCAACGGUCGGCGAUGGGAUUGGUACAAUUACGGUGCCACUCUGAAAGGUGAUGACACUGACGUUUUCUCGUGGAUCGAUUUCAGAACUUCUCUUGAGACAGUGCCAAUCACUUUUGGUCUGAAAGUCCAUGUUAUGGACAGCUAG